GCGCCCCACCUCGUGCCCAACAGAAGGCAAAGGACGCCAGUCACUGUGUGAUUUACUCGUAAUGAUUGAUGCUGCCGUUUAUGCCAUAUUCCCGUUAAACCGCAGGCUACAUCGCAAGGCAGUCGUGGUUAUUUUAGCAGACCUCUACAGGAAUAUGUUUUCCCUCUAAAUUCAGUUCACACACACGAGCCUCUCCGCGCGCAGAGGCGACGCGGCGCUGCCUCCCGGUUGAACGGCGGCAGGACGAUGGCACUGCGUUGGACGGUCUCUCUGUAUCUGUCCUCGGUGGUCCAUUACGAGUUUAAUUAGCUGAUAACGUUAACAUACGUUUGACAUUUAAGACGGACGGAUGUGGGAAAAACGAUAAAGGCACCGCUCUGAUUAUGGAAAAGGAGUCCAGGUUUGAAGACCUCUGAUCAUAUUGGGUCCACGGCCAGCCAGGUGGCCAAUCAGGCGACAGCCAGGCUCACUGAGGAGGGAGACCAACAGUGAGACUGGAAGACCGUCUUACCACACCCACACUGCUUCACCCAUCUCACUCCAUCGUCACUGCCAUGUCUUUACCCAGUGGCAGCCCAGAAAGAGAGGGCUCUAGUGGGGCUACCCCUGAGCUAGAGUGCCCUUCUUCUCCCCCUGGCAUGGACCCUGACCCCCUAUCAACAGGCAGCCCAGUGCUCAGCCCAGACUCUUCUUCCCAUGAUACACUGCUGUCAGCACCAGCAGCCUCCCCGGCAGACUCGGAGAACCUGAGUCCUGAAGAAUUGGAGCUACUGGCCAAGCUGGAGGAGCAGAACAGGUUGCUUGAGGCUGAUUCCAAGUCCAUGCGGUCAAUGAGCGGUUCACGACGCAACAGCGGCUCCUCACUGGUGUCCAGCUCCUCGGCCUCGUCCAACCUGUCACACCUGGAGGAGGACACCUGGAUCCUGUGGGGCCGCAUCGUCAAUGAGUGGGAAGAGUGGAGACGCAAAAAGGACAAACUCCUCAAGGAGUUGAUCAGGAAGGGCAUCCCUCAUCAUUUCCGGGCCAUUGUCUGGCAGCUACUAGGCAACGCUACUGACAUGCCGGUGAAGAACCAGUACUCUGAGCUGCUAAAGAUGUCGUCACCCUGCGAGAAACUCAUCCGCAGAGACAUUGCCCGCACCUACCCCGAGCACGAGUUCUUCAAAGGCCAGGACAGCCUGGGGCAGGAAGUCCUCUUCAAUGUCAUGAAGGCUUACUCUCUGGUGGAUCGAGAGGUGGGCUACUGCCAAGGCAGUGCAUUCAUCGUUGGUCUGUUGCUUAUGCAGAUGCCAGAGGAAGAGGCGUUUUGUGUUUUUGUGCGUCUGAUGCAGGAGUACCGUCUGAGGGAGCUGUUCAAGCCCAGCAUGGCUGAGCUGGGCCUGUGCAUUUACCAGUUUGAGUAUCUGCUACAGGAGCAACUUCCAGAGCUGAACGUCCAUUUUCGAUCCCAGAGUUUCCACACAUCCAUGUAUGCCUCGUCCUGGUUCCUCACUCUUUUCCUCACCUUCCUCCCUUUGCCUGUCGCCACACGCAUCUUUGAUAUUUUCAUGUAUGAGGGCCUAGAGAUUAUCUUCCGUGUGGGCCUGGCCAUCCUGCAGUACAACCAGACUGACCUCAUUCAGCUAGACAUGGAGGGCAUGUCGCAGCAUUUCCAGAAAGUGAUCCCCCACCAGUUUGACAGCUGCCCAGACAAGCUGAUCCUCAGGGCCUACCAGGUCAAAUACAAUCCCAAGAGGAUGAAGAAACUUGAGAAAGAAUACACCGCAAUCAAGAACAAAGAAAUGGAGGAACAGAUUGAGAUCAAGAGGUUACGCACAGAAAACAGGCUGCUGAAGCAGAGGAUUGAGACGCUGGAGAAGGGUCAGGUAACAAGGGCGCAGGAAGCGGAGGAGAACUACGUGAUCAAACGGGAGCUGGCGGUGGUGAGGCAGCAGUGCAGCACAGCCAGCGAGAGCCUCGAGAAAGCACAGGACACCAUCAGAGAGCUGAAGCAACAGAAGUACACAGAGCAGUUUGUGAGCAAUCUGCUGACCCAGCUAGAGGAGUCGAGGCUGCGCGAGGCCGAACUGCUAGGAGCGCUGAAAGAAAUGCAAGACAAGGUCCUGGACCUUGAAAAGAGAAGCACUUGUCUGCCUGAUGAGAACAACAUGGCAGCUCUGCAGGAGGAAGUGAAGCAGAUGAAGCUGAGGGAGCUGGAAACGCUGCGCUCAUUCAGAGAGAUGCAGGACACCGUCACUGAGCUCAACCAGCGCUGGCAGCAUCAUAUGUCCCGUGGCAGCAGCACAGGUGGUGGGGGAGGCCACUGGAAAGAGUCCCCGAAGAAGAAUGCCAUGAACGAGCUGCAGGACAAACUGAUGACGGUCAGACUGAGGGAGGCCCAGGCUCAGGCUGAGCUCCGAGAGGUCAAACUCAAAGCCCUGCAGCUGGAGAGCCAGAACCAGAUCCACAGCAAGCUGAUUGGUCGCAACGAUCAGGAACGCUCCGCCCUGCAGGACCGGCUCCAGAUGCUGGCCAAUCAGAACAAAGCUCUCCAGGCCCAGCUCAACGAGAUGAAAAGGAAGCAGGCCGAGUCCGACUGCAAGAGUAAAGAGGAGGUGAUGGCGGUGAGACUGAGGGAAGCAGACAGCAUGGCCGCCAUGGCUGAACUCAGGCAGAAGAUCGCUGAUCUCGAGAUACAGAAGGAGGAAGGUCUGAUCCAGGGCCAGUUGAAUCACUCAGACUCCAGACAGUACAUUAACGAGCUCCGGGAUCAAAUCACUGAGCUCAAGAACGAGAUCAGGCAGUUGCGAGGGCAGAAGGCGGCCCCCAGCUCCAGAGUCAGCAGUGGAGGCGGAUGUACCAACUACCAGGAUCUGUGUCUGGCCAGCCCCGCCUCCGCCGAGGGGGACUAUCUGAGCUCAGACGAGGACCUGCUCCCCAGCCCACUGCCUCCCAACGCUCUUUACCCUAGCCUGUCCAGCCCAUGUCACCCAUCUGCCCGCCUCGACAGCGAGGGCAGCACGGACAGCGAGGCAGAGGAGCGGGUUCUGACACAUCCAGACCCACAGCAGCUGUACGGCAGCAUGGUGUGCGCCGAGGCGCUGGAUAACUGAGACCUGGAGGGGUUGUGUGGGUUUCAUUGGAUUCCUCUGAGCUAAAGAGACGCUGAAGCUCUACAGGACGGUACUGCUACUGUAAACUGGAGCUGUAUUAUCCAAUCCAGUGCGCCACCUUGGCUUUUCCAGUGUUUACCUUUAUCUUGAUGCAGACAUAGUGGCAUUGAUUGGACCUCUUGUGAUCAUCACUUCCCGUUGUCUCACCAGUCCUGUAAGUGUCUUCAUCACCUUGUCCCCCACACUGUCAAUCCUGUGUUCUCUGUCAAAGAGGUAAUGUAAAGCCUUUCUCCUUGUUCCCACGUGUAGCUGUGCCAGAAACCCUCUGAACACAAACAUAUGACACACACACACACACACACACACACCAACAAAAUGGACAGAAACUGGACAAGGAAGACUAUUGUUGCCUCUCGCUGCUCAAGAUCGACCACUGGGCUUGAACCUGUGACUGUGAACAAGGAGUGAGACAUGGGUGGACAGAAAACAACUCUUCCCUCUUCCUAUUAACGGAGUGAUAGACUGUGUCUACCCUUAUGUGACUCUCCUUUAUGAUUGGUUCAGAGUUGAAUACAUCUUUAUCCUCUCUUUUCCCUUUUUAUGCUCUCAAUAGAAAGACACGCACAAAAAACCCAUCAGCCAGCCGUUUACCUCUCAGUUUUACAGAGAAAAUGAGUGAGUACGAGAAGGAGAGGUGCAGUGUAGGAAUAUGUGCCAGUCAAACUAGGGAUAUCACAAGAUGCCGUUCAUUAACACUAUAACAUACUACAGUAAAUAUGUGAGUUGUCUGUCUGUGGCUUGUAGGUGACGAGAAGCCAAGCAAGUUAAUACAACAGCUCAUGUCAAAACACAUUCACCAUAACCCACAGGACAAGGAAGGAAGUAACUCAACAUUGCCAAAUCGUUUUUUUUUAUUAUUAUUUAUAUGUUAUAAUUUAUUUUGAUAUUUGUUUUAUUUUUUUAUAUAUCUAUAUGAAACUAUUAGGAGUGUAGAGGUACUGACAGAGGCCAAAGUUCUACACCAUCCUUUGUGCCAACUAGUUGUCUGUUACAGGUUUACUUUGACAUUGAGUGUUUCAGAGAUGGAAAAUGUGCUGCUAUGAUUUUCGGUUUACUUCUUCCAUUUUUUUCUUUAUGUUUUCUUUUGUUAUCUUUGUGAGGUUAACAUGCAACCUCCUGUUUACUGCCAUAGAUUAGGUUGACAGCUACUGUGCAGACUGAUCCAAUCUGAAAACUGUUUAACUUGAUUCCUCCCUGGAGCUUCAUUUUACAUUUAGCAGUGAUGGGAACAAUUUGGUUUUGUUUUAAAACCAAGAAUGAUCAUUGGUUUUGUGUGAGUUAAAGGAACAGUUUGACAUUCUUGGACAUGUAUUUGCUUUCAUGCUUAGAGUUAGAUGAGAAGAUUGACACUGAUCUCCUAUCUGUCAAAUAGGACCCACAGACAGGAGGAGAUAGUUAGCUUAGCUUAGCUUGGCAUAGUGACUUCCUAUGCACAGUCAAG